AUGUCGGGCCUUUACAAUCCCAACUUCUCGCCUGCGAGAGCUGCUUCUCCACAAAUUAGAAGCACAUCAGACGUAGACAGCAACCAGUAUUUGUCGGAGCUUUUGGCGGAGCAUCAAAAGAUUGGCCCUUUCAUGCAAGUCCUUCCCAUCUGUAGCAGACUCUUGAAUCAAGAAAUAUUAAGGGUUACUGGGAUGAUGCCGAAUCAAAGCUUUGGCGAGCUUGAGAGAUUAAGACAUAGAAGUCCCAGCCCAAUGGCUUCAUCAAACCUUCUAUCUAAUGUUGCUGGGACAGGAUUAGCUAGCUGGAAUGGACUUCCUCAUGAGAGAUUGAGCGGGCCUCCUGGAAUGUCGAUGGACUGGCAAGGAGCACCAGCAAGUCCCAGUUCUUACACUGUGAAAAGGAUUUUGCGCCUAGAAAUUCCUGUGGAUAACUAUCCUAAUUUCAAUUUUGUUGGGCGACUCUUGGGACCUAGAGGAAAUUCAUUGAAACGAGUGGAAGCCUCCACAGGAUGCCGUGUUUAUAUUAGAGGAAAAGGUUCUAUAAAGGACCCUGACAAGGAAGAGAAGUUACGUGGACGACCAGGCUAUGAGCAUCUUAACGAGCCACUCCAUAUCCUGAUUGAGGCUGAUUUACCAGCCAACAUUGUCGAUAUCAAACUGAGACAAGCGCAGGAGAUAAUAGAAGAACUGCUGAAGCCAGUGGACGAGUCACAGGACUAUAUAAAGAGGCACCAGUUACGUGAGCUAGCCCUGCUAAAUUCCAAUUUUAGAGAAGAAAGCCCUGGACCAAGUGGCAGUGUAUCACCUUUCAAUACUAGUGGAAUGAAACGUGCAAAAACAGGACGUUGA